AAGAUAUAUUUUUUUAAAAAAAGAAAUAUCUGCUGAAUGAGCCAGUGAGCAUUGGAUUUAAUCUAGCUGUCAUCAUGGUCAUAGGAACCUGCAGGCAAAGUCUCAGAUGUCAUUUAUUAAAAAGAUCCUAACUGGAAAAUGUUAACCAUUGUAUACUAAUUGUAUUUAUUUGUGUACGGGAUGCAGGUGGCGAUAAAAAUUAUAGAUAAAUCUCAGCUGGAUGCAGUGAACCUUGAGAAAAUCUACCGGGAAGUACAAAUAAUGAAAUUGUUAGACCAUCCUCACAUAAUCAAGCUUUAUCAGGUAAUGGAGACCAAAAACAUGUUGUACCUUGUGACAGAAUAUGCCAAAAAUGGAGAAAUUUUUGACUAUCUUGCUAAUCAUGGCCGGUUAAAUGAGUCUGAGGCCAGGCGCAAAUUCUGGCAAAUCCUAUCUGCUGUCGAUUACUGUCACAGUCAGAAGAUUGUGCACCGUGACCUCAAGGCUGAAAAUCUCCUGCUGGAUAACAACAUGAAUAUCAAAAUAGCAGAUUUCGGUUUUGGAAACUUCUUUAAAAGUGGCGAGCUGCUGGCAACUUGGUGCGGCAGCCCGCCUUACGCAGCCCCGGAAGUCUUUGAAGGGCAGCAGUAUGAAGGACCGCAGCUGGACAUUUGGAGCAUGGGAGUUGUUCUUUAUGUUCUUGUCUGUGGAGCUCUGCCUUUUGAUGGACCAACUCUUCCUAUUUUGAGGCAAAGGGUUUUGGAAGGAAGAUUCCGGAUUCCAUAUUUCAUGUCAGAAGAUUGUGAGCACCUUAUUCGAAGGAUGCUGGUCCUAGACCCGUCCAGACGACUAACCAUAGCUCAAAUCAAGGAGCAUAAGUGGAUGCUCGUAGAAGUUCCUGUACAGAGACCUGCUCUCUAUCCACAAGGGCAAGAAAAUGAGCCAUCCAUUGGGGAGUAUAACGAACAGGUUCUGCGACUGAUGCACAGCCUUGGAAUAGACCAGCAGAAAACCAUUGAGUCUUUACAGAACAAGAGCUACAAUCACUUCGCUGCCAUUUAUUACUUGUUGGUGGAGCGCCUGAAAUCACAUAGGAGCAGUUUUCCUGUGGAGCAGAGGCUAGAUGCCCGCCAGCGGCGGCCCAGCACCAUCGCUGAACAAACAGUUGCCAAGGCACAAACCGUGGGUUUCCCGGUGACCGCGCCUUCGCCAAACGUGCGGCUGAUGCGAUCCGCGCUCGUCCCGCAGGCGCCGGCCGGAGAGGCCUUUUCCUUCGCGGCGCCCGGCUGCCCAGCGGAGGCGGCCUUCAUGGAGGAGGAGUGUGUGGACACGCCCAAGGUCAAUGGCUGUCUGCUGGACCCUGUGCCUCCAGUCCUGGUGAGGAAGGGGUGCCAGUCCCUGCCCAGCAACAUGAUGGAGACCUCCAUCGAUGAAGGACUGGAGACAGAGGGAGAAGCUGAGGAAGACCCCAGCCAGGCCUUGGAUGCAUUCCAGUCCACACGCGGUGGGCAGAGACGGCACACUCUGUCGGAAGUGACCAAUCAGCUGGUCAUGGUGCCGGGGUCAGGGAAAGUUUUCUCCAUGAGUGACAACCCCUCCCUUGACAGUGUGGACUCUGAGUACGACAUGGGGUCUGUUCAGAGGGACCUGAACUUUCUAGAGGACAACCCUUCCCUUAAGGACAUCAUGUUAGCCAACCAGCCCUCACCUCGCAUGACAUCUCCCUUCAUAAGCCUGCGACCGGCCAACCCAGCCAUGCAGGCUCUGAGCUCCCAGAAAAGAGAGGUGCACAACAGGUCGCCAGUGAGCUUCAGAGAGGGCCGCAGGGCCUCGGAUACCUCCCUCACCCAAGGAAUUGUAGCAUUUAGACAACAUCUUCAGAAUCUGGCUAGAACCAAAGGAAUCUUAGAGCUGAACAAAGUGCAGCUGCUGUAUGAACAAAUAGGCUCAGAGGCCCAUCCCAGCCUGGCGUCAGCUGCUCCUCAGCUCCAAGACCUUGCCAGCAGGUGCCCUCAGGAGGAAGCUGCUCAGCAGCAGGAAGUUGUUUCUGCGCUCCCCACCAGCGUGCAUCCCCCGCUGUCCCAGCAGCAGAGCCUGGAGGCCCAGUACCUGCAGCACCGACUCCAGAAGCCCAGCCUUCUGUCAAAAGCCCAGAAUACCUGUCAGCUCUAUUGUAAGGAGCCACCGCGGAGCCUUGAACAGCAGCUGCAGGAGCACAGGCUCCAGCAGAAGCGCCUCUUCCUCCAGAAGCAGUCCCAGCUGCAGGCCUAUUUCAACCAGAUGCAGAUAGCGGAGCGCGCGUACCCGCACCCCGCGCCCCUGCGGUUCCCCUACCAGACUUGUGAGCUGCCGGGCGCGGCCCCCCCGGAGCCAGACUACCCCGCCCCCUGUCAGUACCCCAUGGACGACGCCCAGCAGGGCGGCGGGGCGCCCGCCUGCCCCCGGAGCCCAGGACUGCAGGAGGAGCCCUCCAGCUACGACGCGCUCGCCCUCGCCGAGUUCCCCGGACUCUUUGACUGCGAGAUGCUGGAGGCGGUGGACCCGCAGCACGGCGGCUACGUCCUGGUGAACUAGCCUCGCACGGGAAGUGAGGCGGGUCCACUGGAGGAAGAGCGUGUCUUUUUAUUUUUAUUCCAGCCUUUUACAUUUAAAGCUUAUUUUCCUGCCCUAUCCCUAAGGGGAAGAAACCAACUUGCCCAACUGGAACUGGAGGGCCUGGCCAGGCUGCUGUCACUUCUUCCUGGCUCUGUCCCCCACAGCCUUCUGUGGCAAGCCCUGGCACAUAGCUGUGGGCCGCAGCUCACGCCCUGAGGCCAGGUGGAGCAAGCUCUCAGGGGAGGUGCAGACGUUUUUAUAAGAAGACAUCCAGACUAGGUCUUACACAGAACUACAGUUACGGAGGGGAACCUUGGUGAACGCAGGAGAAAGGCCUGCCAUUGUAUGCGGGGGAAAGGAGGCAGUGCUUUCACUGAAUCCAGGGACAGCGUGUUGCUUAAAGGCAAAUCGAGGACACACAAUGAAAUCUGAUGCACAGGAAACAAAGGAAAGUUGUGCUUUGUCCUUGAAGCAUAAAUUGUGAGCUGCUGAUGCAAGUUGUCCCCAAGACCAUCGCAAAGUGGUAGAGUGUGAGCUGUUUCAGGGGCCACUACCUACCAGCUGGUACUAACCCCUGACUGGCACCGUCUCCACCUGGGUGCACGCAGCACACCUCUUCCGAAGGUGCCCGGGUUACAGACUAGAGUACUCGGGGCUCCCACGAUGUAGCCCAUAGGACCAGCAGGAGAUCCACAGAGUGGACGCUGGAGGUGAGGACCUGAGGAGCCAGCAGGAGCACCAGCCCUGGGCCAGGGAAGGUGGGCGCUUCCCACUAACCUGCGUGGAGACUUCUGGGUCAGGCAGUCGGUCUUUAGAGGACCUCAUGUCUCUUUUAAAACUAUAUGUUGCUAGUAGUUUAUUGAGCUUUGUGUAUUUGGACAGUUCCGUGUAGGGCUUAGAAAUGUUAAGAACAAGAAGAGUGAACUUUUCUCUCCCGUGUGAAGUGGUGGUGCCGUGCCUUUUCCCCGGAUCAUGCUUUAAUUCUUUCUUUUCUGUAGAAACCAAGUUUCCGUCCAUGUUAAUGCUAAAUCCAAAGUCACUUCAGUUUGUUUUCCACCAUGUGGGAACCGCAUUCCUCAUUUCCUUAAAGUCUGACCUGUGAUGAAAUGCUUGAGUAUUACAGCAAUAUUCAAAACCACACGUGUCAACCACGUAAGCAAAUCAUCUGCCAAACCCACUAUUACUAGUAAAACUUGACCCUUACAACUCAUUCAUCAAAGUAAGUAAAGGACAGAUGCUGUGGCCAGUUAACUGUGUACCUAGAAGUAAUAAGUCACCUGUCAUUUGGACAGUAACAUCCAUGUGCUACAAAUUCAGUAUUAUUUACGAAGGCUUAUUUCUGUCCUUCAGAAUGGCUUGUCCUAUCAGCAAAUGAAUGUGUUGAGCACAAGGCAUCUUCCUUAAAGCACAAAGAAGAGAGAUACCAUACUGAUGCUGCAUCCAGGACACCUGUACGUUGCCUUUCCUCUCUGUAGUGAGGGUCCGGGCAGGUGAGGAGCAGCAGGAAGGUCUGAGUUCUGUUCUGCCCCCGGCCGCCCCUCCGGGCACCGGUAGAGCAGCCCUUGUUCCUGGUUCCACCUGGGCCAGACCCCACACAGGGCCUCUGCAUGAGGCGGGACCCUGGGUGUCAGCGAGGAAGGCUGCGGUGGAGGGCAUUCCUUUCUGUGAGAGGAACACACGUGAAAACCCACGAGGAUGAGUUAUGUUCCUUCUGUGGACGGUUUUCCCCUCUCGUGCUUAAGAUUGAUGAUUUCAUGAAAUAGACACUUCAUUUAAGAACUCUUUCCAUUAAGAUCUCUAAUCUGUUUUAAGUCUUUGCAAAAAUAUGCCAGUUAUAAAACAGGGCUUAAUUUGUUUAGACUGAAAGAUGUUUUCCCAAAAUAUACUAUCAAAGUGCUAUAAUAUUUAUGAAAUUUAAAUCUUUCCAUAUUGAAAGUCACGGGCCGCUCAUCUCAGUCACGGGGUGGCACAGUUACAGAUGGGCAGAAACCCCUGCCCCCAACACGACCAGGAGCCCUGCAGCCCAGGAAACCCAGGAGCCAUGCAAGAUGAUCAGGCCCACAGGCGGGGGACAGCAGAGAGGCUGUUGGAAAGCUAAGGGACCCAGAAAUAGACCUCGGAAGCACCCAGCAGUGGCCAGGUCCAUUAGGGACCGACGAGCGGCGCAGGCACCACCUGGUGUGCAGUGCGAGCUGGCCCGCUGGGCCCGUGGUGUCAGCUCCUGUUUGCUUUUCCUGUGUAUUUCAAGCAGAAAUCAAUAAAUUCCAUGGCCAUCUGCAUUCACUGAAAUGGAAGCUGGUGAGAGGAGGCUGGUCCUGUGGUCGGUCAGGACUUUUCCCGGCCCUGUCUAGUCAUCCCUGCUGCUCUGUCCCCUGAUUAGCGACUGUGUGAGCUUCCAAGCAGCUUUCUCCUCACAAACACUAAAGGGACACUAAGAAGGCUGGCCGCCCCCCUCCCCGGCUGCUCUGAGCCGCCUCGGCCCGCUUCCCGUUGCAGUGUGUACACUACUGUAUGGCUGUUGUCACCUUGUUAUCUGUAAACCAGGCUCCUCGGAAGAGACUGGGUGAGAGGAACAUGAGGUAAAAAUUUCAUUCGGCAAAAAGUGCAAUAUGUGUGGUACUUUAUUGUUUGUUUAUGUCCUUUUAAUCCAGGGUGUUAGUCUCUGCUCCGGGAGAAAUGCACUAGUUCUGCAAUUUCCAGUUGGGCAAGAGUGUCUCUGGUUUGUACGUGCAGCUGACGUGCUGGGCUCUGCAAGGCAAACAGCGCACGUUAGCACGGAAAGGGGUGGGUCUGCGCUCACUGCGCCCAUCCCGGCGCCCCCCCCCCCAGCCUUGCCCUCCUGCUGCCUUGAGAACAGAGAAGGGACAGGGGUUCUCCUAAGCAGCCACCCUAAAAUGUCACUUCAUGAGAAACACCCUGGGCCCCGGAGGAGGGCUGGGAAACGGGCUGCAGGACUCUUUGUUCUGGUUUGAACAGAACCCCUCCUUCCUGUGUCAGCCACUUCCCAGCAAAGAGAGUCCCUUCCUCGGAAGUGAACUCCGUGUCUCAGCGGGGCCCUGAGUUGCUUAGCAGCCUGGCAGGAGCCUGGGGCUGAAGUCGGCCCUUCCCCUCAGAGGCCCCAGAGCACCGAGGGCCUGGGCCCUCAUUUGGGGAGAGGACCAGCCUGUGGGAUUGUCCUCCCGCCGUCCCCAGGCCCCUGCAGAAGGGACUCCUGUCCUGGGGUGCCAGGCUCUCCCACUGCCCCACACUGUGAUCAGCACCUGAAGGCUCUUGGAGAAAACCCCUAAUCGCAGGGCUGGGAAGAGGGUGUGUUUCCAGCUGGAGAGUGAGCGGGUGGCCAACCAGGCAGUAAGGAAAGGUGAGGAGCAGCCGCUUCCCACCCGGUUGGCCAGGGGUCCGGGGGUGUGGCGGCCAGAGCAGCUGCUGAGGGGCAGGCAGUUCAGACACGUGGAGACGGCGAAACCAGUGGGUUCCUUUGUGGGGCCCUCGGAUCCCUAGUGUAGCCCAGGUCCUUCCAAACCAGGGUCUGUAUUGGGGUCAGCAUUCUCAGCUCCGGAUUAAUUUAAAAACCUGUAUCAACAUUUACACUUAAGCUCCCUAUUGCUUUAAAGGAAAUUCAUACUCCAGAUAACUUUUUCACAUUCCUCCUCCUUUAGAGACGAUACAUAGUGUCCUUUGGCAACACUGGUCCCAGGAACGGUUGCAUAGUUGUGUGCCAGGGCUGACCUUGGCCGCGCCUGGACCCCCUAAGCUGGGCUACCUCUGCUGCCUCCUGGAAGCCACCUGAGCCGCUUGCUCUCUUUGUGCCUAGACAGCAAAGGUCAAAACUGGAGAACAGGCAGUAAGUUGGGGGUCAUUGUAUAGGCGGCGAUAUUGGAUCAUUUUGUUGCUUCUGGAAAUUUUUACAGAGCUUAUCUUCAGAGUGAUGUAUGAAGACCAGCAGUGUCUGCCUCUGUUUCUAAGUGUGUAUGGCCCUCUAACAGGUUCAGCAGCGUGGCCCCCCCUGGCCUGUGGCCCAGGGAGUGAUGAGUUACAGAGCUCUGUCCCGGCCUGUGGCCCCUAGAAGCCCCAAGGUGACACAGGGCAGACCUAAGGCCCUUGUGGCCCCGGAUUCCCUGGUCCCACAGUGCCCCUCACGUGCUUACCACUUUCCCCCACUAAGGUCACCUGGCUUGUUCCAGAAGGUUUACAGCCACCCUCGCUAGUUGCAUCACCAUCUAUGUCACAUCCCCUGUGGGCAGGUUUCAACACGCGGCAGAACUGGGUGCACAUGGUCACACAGAUUGAGAAAUAGGCAGCGUGGCCCGUAGACUUGGCCAGUGGUGGUCCUGACGUGCCCGCCCAGCGCUCAGCUCCUGUCCAAAGGAGCGCCUGCUUGGGUUUGCCGUUAACUCACCAAGCACUUUCACAGUGGCCUCUUCGCACGGUCACAGUUCUCUGAAACUAGCUGGGCAGGUACAGUUCUCAUUUUUAUAGCCAAGGAGACCAAAGCUCUCGAAAGUCUGUGGCUCACCAGAGGGCGCAGCUGUCAGUGGAGGAGCCAGACAAGCUCUGGGCUUUCUGGCUCUCACUGCACGUUCCUCCUCAUCAUGGCAGUUGGUGCUUCAUGAGCAAACAGCCGUAGGUACAAAGCCCCCUGUUGGUUAGGGACUGCGUGCGACAUUGUCCCCCCAACCUCAUUCUCCGCCGACAGCUGCCUGGCUUGGAGGGAGAGGUGCCCUCCAGGAGACCACUGCCUUGCCCAGGUGGCCCUCCUCGGGCAGACGCAGCUAAGGGAGACACGGCCCCGCAGGUGACCCUCCUUCCAGGUCCCGGUUAACUGCAGAAGUUUAGGUUCACAUUAAAGACAUCUGGUUUCUCCAAGUUACACCACACGGUCACUUCCCACAGAAUAUAUGCUAGAAGGACAUGCUCCUCCUUGACCAAGGGGUCAGAUGGCUCAGCAGCAGCCCACCGCUGCCGGCCAACAGACUCGGCCCCAAGAAGGGGCCGCUCUGACAAGAGUCUGAACUCAGCCUGGGCCUUGGGAGGGGUGCAGUGUUUUCCAUUUAAGGCCCAUCAAGUAAAAGUGUGAUUAGACACUGUGGUUAAAAAAAUAACAUACUUUGGUACUUUGUCUUUUCAGAGGCAAAGUGGGCAGGUAGAGGGGAGCUUUAAAAAUAGAAUAAGAGCAUCCUGGAAAAAUACGACCGCAGAUUAGAAUAACGUUACAUUAGCAAAUACAGGUAACGGGCUUGCCCGGGCUGGGUGAAGCUGGCCUGCAAAUCAGCUCAAUCGAGGAAAUUCAAGCAGUGAUACCUCCCCACCCCGAUGGUGAAUUGCCUCCACCAAAACCCUAAUGGGAAACGGAGCAGACAGAACAGGAGCCUGGCUUCCCUCUGGAGCCACUGAAGAAACACAGGGACAGAGGUAUUUGCACUGUGCAGGAAGGCAAGGCGACGCGCUUAUUUCUGAGAGAGAGGGUCUCUGCUGGAGGUCUGGUCUGUGAAAGAGUUAACUUUUGAUAAAGUUCAUCUAAUUCUGGUUAUUUUUAAUGUGUGCUUUUUUUAGACUAAGGACUAAGUGGUGAGUUCAACAGCUUUGGUAUUUUGAGUACAAAUCAUAAUAGCUUCAAUGUGAAAAAAUUUUUAAAAAUGUAACCUGUCACUCAAUGUUAGAAAAGAGCCUAAAAUGCAGUUUAAUAAAUGAUCUUUGUAUCAAACACUAAUUUAAAUGGGGUAAUUUUCUGCAAGGAAAAUAUACUGUUUUUACAUUUCCAGCACUCUUGAAUUAAAAUAAAAACAACUUA